GCACGUCUGGAAUCAACAAUUUCCUCUGCCUUUCCUGCAUUUUUUCGUUCUACUCGUUCAGAGGUCAGCUUGCAGCAGCAACUUUGUCCAUCGAUGUUCGUUCAUGAUUGUGCAUCGUUAGAGCGACUACUACCAGCCUGGAUCUCUCGGUUCUGGUACUAGGAAUGAAUGAGUGGCGGCUUCUGUCAGGAGAUGAGAAUUUGCACCGUGCAUGGAACGACGACAGAAGAAGAGCAGAAGAUUGAGUUGUUUGUUCUCAACGAGAUGUGCAGAACUAUUUGAGGGUGGGUAGCAGAAAGCCCGUGCAAGGCGUGGAGGUUUUAGUUUGGAGUGUGGAACUUUACCCUGUGAUGGACGAUGACAGAUUUCACUCGAGAAGAUGCUGAGAAUUUCUGAUAAACUUGAGAGAAUUCACUCGUCGAGAGAAACUAUCUAGUUGGACGAGGCGCGACCAAUUGCAGACCAGGUGAGCGCCGAAAUAUGGUGAUGAGUAUGGUGGAGAACACUGAACCGGGAAUGGAGAAGCCCUUGGAAGUGGAGAGUCUUGUACCAGAAGGGAAGGUCUCGUUUCUGGAUGUGAUGAAGCAGAGACGGGAUCGUCGAGCAGUUCUCGCCGUGGUACCAUCUCUGACUCUUGGCAUUAUGGGCGGGGCUGUUCUCCCUGUGGCGUGGGCAUUCAGCGUGACGGGUAUCAUCUGUGGUCUCCUCAUAAUGUUGAUCGUCGCGGCAGCUAACACCUACACAUGCGAUCUUCUCUUGAAGCAAGCCUACGCUACCCAAACUUACGAUUACGAAACUCUUGCCCUCAUGAUUGGUGGUCGUAAGUGGAAGCUGGUUACAGAGAUAAGCAUUGUGAUACUCCUUCUCGGAACUCUGAUCGGACAAACUGCACAAAUGGGUGAGGUGGGAACCAUAGGAUUGGAUGCGAUUUCGCCAAAUCUUCCAAAUUGGCUCGUUGGAAGUAGCGGGCGUGUCUUCAUGGUCCUCGGCACGGUUUUAAUCGCUGCACCUCUGUGCCUCGGAAAGCAGCUCCGCCAGCUGGAAUAUGCAGGAGUGAUCGGAACCUCGAUUGUCAUUUGGCUACUCAUAAGCGUGGUGUUCAAAAGCAGUAGGGAGGAUUUACCCGCAAUUCGCAGCAAAGAAUUUGCAACUGUGGGUUUUAAUAAUAUUGGUGACGUGACUCAAGCAGUCUCCAUAUUUGGCUUCGCAUUCUACGUUCAGCCGAUAAUGAUGCCCUUGUUGGUCGAAGUACCUGACGGUAUUGUUGGGGUGAAAAUUGUCUCCUACUCAAUGCGAAUCGUCGUACUAUUCAAUGCGUUCAUCAUUUACUUCCUCGUGGGAUUCUUCGGGGCCGCUCUAUAUGGACAGGCUACUGAAAGCAAUAUACUGGAGAAUGAGUGGUUAGGGGGUGGCGUAGCUCAAGGGAUUCUCAAUCUUUCCAUGGCAGUGUAUCUAUGUUUGUCCGUACCAGUCGUAGAGUUUCCGACCAGGCACACCAUCAAUGGCUGGCUGCCCGAAACCUUCAUGAAGGACAGAGCGUACGCCCGUCAAUUGAUCAUCACGGCGACAAUCCUGAUCUUUUCCCUGGGCAUGGCUCUGGCAUUUCCAAGCAGCUCGGGAAGCGUUUUGGUAGUGACUGGAGCAACUGGAGUCUGCAUGGUAUCCUACCUGAUACCGGUUGUCAAUCACUUUCUCCUGUAUUACAACAGCUCGCAGAUACAAAAAGAAGUCGCUGAAACGAGGAUUAUGCCGGCAGAUAUGGAAGGCAACAGAUCGAUCGUUGAUUCCCGCAGAACGAGACUCGCUUCGUACUCGGUGCCUCGGGAUCCUGGAGUUGGUCCCGUAAUGAAGAAUUUGUCGAAGAAUAUCAUCUUACCCGGAAUUGUGCUUUCUGUUGGUGUGUUCUGCAGUAUUGCAGCCCUGACCACUCUGUAAUGCCUCAACGUGUAUAGGAAGCUAUUUUGUGUAUAAAGUAUCGGGAGAAAUUGUUCCUCCAUUGCAGAUUGAGAGCUUCGGACUUUGAGGAGACAUCCACAGCACUUCAGCGAGCAGAUGUCUUUGUUUCCGUGCAAAUUGUAAACUGGAAGAUCGUUCAGGUGUGAGGUUUCUUUUGCUUUAGGAGAUGGCUAAUGUUUAGAUCUGUACCACCAUAACCGAAUUUGUGAAAAUUGUGUACACGGAGUGAGUAACUAGUGACUAAGAUAACGGACAUUAUGUCUCCCAUGUAGAGGAAAAGUGUGUGUGUAGACCGUACUGUGUGUUAUGAAGAUAAAUGAAUUUA